UCGCGGCUGGAACAACAAGCAAACCGCGAUCUGCGUUCUGAAAGCCGGUUAGUGCGAUGCUUUUGGCCCAGUGCGUCCUUCUCCUGGCCCUGCAGCUGUUAUCCUGCCGCGGGGAGUUCUUCAGCUCCACCUCGGGUCUGGAGAAGCUGUUCGAAACGGAGGUCCUGCUCCUGGCAGAGCUGCAGCACUAUGUGAAUGAGAUCAGCCAGCACGCGGAGGCGCUGCAGAGUGAGAUCGACGCCAUCCGCGUGGAACACCUGAACGCCGCCGAUGGAAUCGAUGACUACCUCAACAAUCCGGUGAACGCGUUCCGGCUGAUAAAGCGCCUUCACAGCGAUUGGGAAACCUUCGAGGGCAGUGUUACCACGGAUUCGAGUCGCUCAAACUACCUUGAUGCCAUGGCCAGACUUAGGGGGAAUCUGAGCUUUCCCUCGCAGGACGACUUCGUCGGAUCGGCGAUAGCGCUUACCCGACUCCAGCAGACCUAUCAACUGGAUGUGCCGGAACUGGCCAGUGGAAUCCUGAAUGGCGUCAAGUACGGUACGGCCAUGUCCUGGCAGGACUGCUUUGUGCUCGGCCAGCACCUGUACGCCCUGCGAGACUACAACCACACGGUGCCGUGGCUGCAGCAGUCGAUGCAGUUGCUCCGGGAACAGUCCUACGGGUCGGAGUCCGCCUCGCUGGACUUCAUGGAGGCAGUGGUGGAUUACCAUCGGGAGAUGGGUGCCCACGACAGUGCCCUGAGUCUGGUGAACCAUGUGCUUGCCUUGGAGCCGGACCAGCGGAGUCACCUCCUGGAGGCUCGUCAGCAACUGGAGGAGCUAAUCACGGACGGGGACAAGAACGGGCUGCUUCACCUGACCGCACGAAGACCCGGAGACUACCACGAGUCCCGGGAGUUUCGUAUGUACGAGCAGGUGUGUCGCGGCGAGUUGGCUCCACUUCCUUCCAAGCAGCGAGAUCUCAGGUGUCGCCUUUGGAGGAGUCGCUUGGGUUACGCUCCCUUUAAGUUGGAGGAGCUGCACCUGGAUCCCCCAGUGGUGCAGCUGCACCAGGUGAUUGGCUCCAAAGACGCGGAAUCCCUGCAGCGAACAGCGAGGCCCAGAAUAAAGAGAUCCACAGUGUACUCCUUGGCAGGGAAUGGAGACUCCACGGCAGCCGCCUUCCGCACCAGUCAAGGUGCCUCCUUCAACUACUCCAGGAACGCAGCAACCAAGCUACUGAGCCAUCAUGUGGGUGACUUCUCCGGCUUGAACAUGGAGUACGCCGAGGAUCUGCAGGUGGCCAACUACGGGAUCGGUGGGCACUAUGAGCCGCACUGGGACAGCUUUCCCGACAACCACGUUUACCAGGAAGGAGAUCUGCAUGGCAACCGAAUCGCUACGGCCAUUUACUACCUAUCCGAUGUAGAAGCUGGUGGUGGAACCGCCUUUCCCUUUCUGCCACUGCUGGUGACCCCAGAAAGGGGCAGCCUUCUCUUUUGGUACAAUCUGCAUCCCUCUGGAGACCAGGACUUCCGCACCAAACACGCCGCAUGUCCUGUUCUUCAGGGCAGCAAGUGGAUUGCCAAUGUCUGGAUUCGGGAGCGGAAUCAGGAUAACGUAAGGCCCUGCGAUCUCGAAAGGGGCCAGGAGAUCUCACUGCACUACAGGGACUUCGACUAGGACAUUUACUCAGCAGCAAUUAAACUAAGAUAUUAAUUUA